UAAAUUGUCAACACAGCUUAUCAUCUAUAUUUAUUACUUUUGCAUAAAUUUUCGUACACAUUUAGACUUGUGUGAAAUUUCAUUUUUUUCAAAAUGAUUAUCUCACGUUUCGCCCAACUAAAAGCUGCUGCAAAUCCUACAAAUUUUUCAACAAUGAGACAACUAGGUGGUCGUACCAUUAGCGAAAUACAAAGACGUAAUGCAACACAUUUUCGUAGUGGUGCCUUGAAGCCUAAACCCGAAGAAAUGCCCUUUGGCAUGAUGGGUGUAGUGUGUGCUGUUGUACCUGGUCUUUUUAUUGGAGCAGCCAUAAGUAAAAGUGUAGCAAAUUUCCUAGAAGAAAAUGAUUUGUUUGUGCCCGAAGAUGACGACGAUGAUGAGGAUUAAAUGACUAAUAUGGUUGUGGACGAGACCCAUACACAUCAUAUGCACAGCGUUAAUUGUCAAGACAAUAGCACAAAAUUAUUAUAACUGGAGCACAACACUAGUCAUAUUGUUAUAUAGUGAAUCUUAAGGCGAUGUUGUAAAGAAAAAAAACUCAAAAAAUCAUACAAGGUUAUGUUGAUGAUAAUCUUUUAUAAAUAGACUACUAUUUAAAAUAUAUAAACAAUCCUUGACUAAAUUUAAUUUUUUUAAAUAACAUCCUAAAAUGCAUAUAAACAACAAAUACCUAUAAUCUCAAACUUUGUUUUCUUCUUUUGUUUUGUACUAAACUUUUGUCUCUUUCUAAUUGAACAAACGUUAGUACAAAUGUUUGUAUGUAUGUACAAUACACGUUUGUGUAAAUUUAGUAAACCGUUAAGUCUUUCUUUAAUCCUUGUUCUUUCUCUCUUUUAAGCUUAAUGUUUGUGAAACUAAUUGCGAAAUAAUUGUAUUUACUUUAAAGUGAAUUAAAAAAUAUCAACGAAAUAAAUAGUUUAUUGAUUAAUUAAAAUAAA